AUGUUGCCUCUCGGCCUCCUUACGGCCGCACAGGGCCACCCGAUGCUGGUGGAGCUGAAGAACGGCGAGACUCUAAACGGCCACCUAGUCACCUGCGACAACUGGAUGAACCUAAUCCUGCGCGAGGUUGUGCAGACCAGCCCCGAGGGCGACAAGUUCUUCAGACUGCCCGAAGUGUAUAUCCGCGGCAACAACAUCAAAUACCUCCGCGUCCCCGACGAAAUCAUCGAGCUCGUGAAAGAACAGCAACAGAACCAACCACAGAACCGCCGCGGCGGCCAUGGGCGAGAUGGUGACCGCGGACGAGGCCGUGGCGGCCGUGGUGGCCGUGGUCGGGGCCGAGGAGGACGUGGUGGGGGUGAUCGUGGAGGAUUAUGA